ACGGAUGCAGAGAAGGAGAAUCAAGAGAAAGCUCCUCAGUCAGACACAUCUCCUGUGCAAAAUGAUGAUUUUCACUGGGAAAAUUACUUGAAAGAGACUGGAUCUUUAAGUGCUCCUUCAGAGUGUUUCAGACAGUCCAAGAUUCCACCAGCUAAUGACUUCAAAGUUGGUAUGAAAUUGGAAGCCCGUGACCCUCGCAAUAUGACUUCAAUAUGUAUCGCCACAGUCGUUGGAAUUACUGGUGCCAGGCUACGUUUAAGACUGGACGGUAGUGACAACAGAAAUGAUUUUUGGCGGCUUGUUGAUUCUCCGGACAUACAGCCUGUUGGGACAUGUGAAAAGGAGGGGGACUUACUUCAGCCUCCACUGGGGUACCAGAUGAACACAACAUCUUGGCCAAUGUUCCUCUUGCGAAUACUGAGUGUAUCUGAAAUGGCACCUGCAACAUUCUUUAAGAAGGAACCACCAAAGCCACCUGUAAAUACUUUUAAAGUGGGAAUGAAACUUGAAGCUAUAGACAAAAAGAACCCUUAUCUGAUCUGCCCUGCAACUAUUGGAAAUGUUAAAGGAGAUGAAGUUUAUAUAACAUUCGAUGGCUGGAGUGGAACUUUUGAUUAUUGGUGCAAGUAUUAUUGUCGAGAUAUUUUCCCAGUUGGGUGGUGUCGCCUGACAGGAGAUGUAUUACAACCACCAGGAACUCAUGUUCCUAUUACAAAGAAUAUAGCAAAAACACAUUCUUCCAAAGCAACCCAGUGUUCAAUGAAGUCUCCACAGAAAACUGCUGUAAUAUUACCAACACAGCAGAUCAGGAAAUCAAGUCGGAUUAAACCACCUGCACCUACUUCAGUCCCCAAGAAGGGGAGUACUGUUAAAAAUAUCACACCAAAGAAAAAAGGCCCAAACUCAGGAAGAAAGGAAAAAUGUAUUCCUGUUGUAUGUUCCACAUCUUCAGCUCCUCUCAGUACGCUGACCAGAGAACGUCGUGGUGCUUCAUAUGAUAAGGAUGCUGUUGCUGGGUCAUCUAAAAUAGUGAUGUCUACAGUCUGUGUCUAUGUAAACAAACAUGGAAACUGUGGCCCUCACCUGGAUCAGACGAAAAUCCAGCAGCUGCCCGACCACUUUGGCCCAGGCCCUGUCAAUGUGGUGCUCCGGCGGACGGUGCAGGCCUGCGUGGAUUGUGCCAUUCAAAGUAAGACUGUUUUUGGAUUCCUUAAGCCAGAUCAUCGUGGAGGAGAAGUGAUAACCGCCUCCUUUGAUGGGGAAACUCAUUCCAUCCAGCUCCCUCCAGUGAACAGUGCAUCAUUUGCUCUUCGCUUUCUUGAGACCUUGUGCCACAGCCUGCAGUGUGAUAACCUUUUGAGUAGCCAGCCUUUUAGCUCUUACAGAGUAAAAGAAGAUACAACAGAAAAGAAAAGCACCAAACGACCUUCUCAGCAACCUCUGCCUUAUGUUGCUCCUCUCUCUCCUAAGCUCCCCAAAACAAAGGUGCAUGCCUCUGAAGAAGAAGUAUUAUCUGCUGAGGGAAAUGGCAUGCCCAAAGGGGAAAUGCUUUCUGAAGAGUCCAAGAACUCACCACUAAAUCCAGCAAGUUCUUUGAAUCCUGCCAGCAGAAGUCCUGUAAGCACUCAUACUCCAGUCUCCAGGAGUGUUUUUCAAAGUGUGCCAUGCACCUCGAGUUCAACACUGGUGGGGACCAAAUCAUCUUCCAAGAGCGGUCACCAUGAAGUUACAUUCCAGAAGCAGAGGAAAAGUGAAGCUCCAAGUUAUAUAGCUGUACCUGACCCCAGUGUCCUGAAACAAGGCUUCUCUAAGGACCCUUCAACCUGGUCUGUGGAUGAAGUGAUACAGUUUAUGAAACAUAAAGAUCCUCAGAUAUCAGGCCCCCUCGCCGACCUCUUCAUGCAACAUGAGAUUGAUGGGAAGGCUCUGCUACUACUCAAAAGUGAUGUGAUGAUGAAGUAUAUGGGGCUGAAGUUGGGGCCAGCCUUAAAGUUAUGUUACUAUAUUGAAAAACUUAAAGAAGGAAAAUAUAAUUGA